AUGCACAACAGUUGUGCUGUUAAUGGCUUCUCCAACAGACACACGAGUGCGGUUGGCCUUUUAUCACAUACUAUUUUUGUCAACUGUAAGUUGAUUGUUCAGAUGAUGAAACUCGUUGUUGUUGCUGCUCUAGCUAGUUUAAUUGCUGUUACAUCAGCAGGCUAUGGUGGUAUGGGUAUGUUAGGAGCUGGUAUGUUGAUGAACCCAAUGAUGUAUGGUGGUAUGAUGAACCCAAUGUUAAGUAUGUAUGGAAUGGGUAUGAUGAAUCCUUAUAUGAUGGGCAUGUAUGGAAUGUACCCAGGCAUGUACGGAGGAUUUGGUAUGGGUGGCCUGGGGAUGAUGGCUGGUAUGACUCCUUAUGGUGUCAUAGGUGGAUUUGGGGGUUUAGGACCAAUUGGCGUUGCAGGGAACACCGCAAAUAGUCAGACGGUUGUCUAAUAAUUUUUUUUAAAUUGUUUGAUGAAUUGGUAUAAAUAAAGCAAACUUGAUUUCUAC